AUGGUCCCUGUCCAGCUCCUCCUAGCCUUACUCCUUCCAUUGACUGCAGUGGCCCAGUUCGCCGGCCUCCGCGCUCACACCCAGGAAGGACGUGAGGCCCGUUCCAACCACAAGAUCUACCAGGAAACUCGUCGCCAGUUGGAGGAGCAGUAUGACUUCAUGAAAAGGUGGCAGAACGACACCUACCGGUACAAGAGCGACAAGACUGAACCCUUCCUCGUCACGUCGCUCCCCUUUGUCGACUGGGACUUUGGAGAGCUGUACGCCGGCUUGAUCCCCAUCACAAACAACAACUCGGAAGCACUGUUCUUCAUCUUCGCUCCCAAGGUCGGCGAUCCCGUCGACGAGGUUACCAUCUGGCUCAAUGGUGGUCCCGGUUGCUCGAGCCAGGAAGGUUUCUGGCAGGAGAACGGUCCUAUCAUUUGGAGGGCUGCAACAUACCAGCCUGUGCCCAACCCGUACAGUUGGAACAAUCUCACUAACAUGCUCUAUGUGGAUCAGCCCAUUGGGACUGGCUUCUCCAUUGGCACAGUUACUGCGAAGAGCCAGGAAGACAUUGCCGACAACUUUGUUACCUGGUUCAAGAACUUCCAGGACACUUUCGGGAUCAAGAACAACAAGAUCCACAUCACGGGCGAGUCUUAUGCGGGACGCUAUGUGCCCUACAUCUCGGCCGCAAUGUUGAACCAAAACAACACCGAGAACUAUGACCUCCAGGGUGCGCUCGUGUACGACCCGUGUAUCGGCGAGUUCGCCUCCGGCCAGGCCAUGAACACGGUGCCACACAUACAGAAGUAUGCUGAGCUGUGGGGUUUCAACGACACCUACAUGAAUGAGCUUGCGCAGCAGCAGGAAGCUUGUGGCUGGAACGACUACAUCAACACCUACCUCACCUUCCCCCCGCCAGGCAACCAGCCGGAGAUGUACGUCAACUACAGCAACCCAGCCAACUGGUCGUGUGCUUUCGACCAGCUGGUCUUUUACGAGGUGUUCGACAUCAACGCCUGCUUCAAUCCAUAUUCUAUCAACGAUCGCUGCCCCAUCCCCUUCGACCCUCUUGGCAUGCCUGGUGACUUUGAGUACACCCCAGCGGGUGCGUUUGUGUACCCCAACCGUGACGACGUCAAGCAGGCGAUCCAUGCUCCGAUGAACGUCAACUGGAGCCUGUGUGGCGUUUCCCCGGCCGUGUUCGUCGGCGACGGCGGACCUCAGCAGGGCGAGAACGACGAGAGUGCCGACCCGAUCCAACACGUCCUCCCUCAGGUUAUUGAGGCCACCAACCGCGUCCUCGUCUCGAACGGUGACUUUGACUCGGUGAUUCUGACCAACACCACCCUCCUCGCCAUCCAGAACAUGACGUGGAACGGCCAGCUCGGUUUCCAGUCGGCCCCCAACGAGUCCUUUGUCGUCACCGAGGCAGACGUUCAGUGGACCACCGUGUUUGACGAGAGCGGCCUGAACGGCCUGAACGGUCCCCAGGGUGUGAUUGGCGUGCAGCACUAUGAGCGCGGUCUCAUGUGGGUCCAGACAUUCAUGGCUGGCCACAUGCAGCCCGAGUUCCAGCCGCGCGCUGCGUACAAGCAUCUCGAGUGGGUGCUCGGACGGAUCGACCAGUUUUAG